CAGUGGCUACAGAGGGGAACAAAAAGAGGAAACCAAAGUCUGCUCUGCAACACAAGACAGAAAAAUACGAGCAUCUUCUACAACGUAACGGAAAGAAAAGUCAACAAGAAGGAAACUAACAGGAUUUUAAACGAUCAGAUCUGAGGUGGAACCCAGCUUGACCCUCCUGUGCAGCGCAGAACAGCUCGUUCCGUCACUUUCAAGUGAAAAAUGCUGUGGAGAUUGUCUCUCGCUGUGGCCGUGGUGUGCGUCGGUGGCAUAUGCAACUGUGUGAAGGCAGACGUGAUGAGCAGGCUGAUCAUACCGAGGGACUACGGGGUGAAACUGUGCGGCAGAGAGUUCAUCAGAGCAGUCAUUUUCACCUGUGGUGGCUCCCGGUGGAAACGAUCCACGGAGGGGGGCUUAGAUUCCUUCCAGUGGGGUUCCCUUAGUGACAUUACAGCAGAAGACAACCAGCACACCUGGCAAUCCAGCGCAGAGCUCACAGUAGAUAACCCCUCUCAGCUCCAUCCCAGCUCCUCUUACUCCCUGGCAGACCUCCUGGCUCUUUUCAGGGCUCGAGGAGACGGGCAGCAGCCGUCGCUGAGUGACUUUGCCUCGCUGAAGAAGCCUCAGCUGUCCACAGUUUCAGGCGAGCAAGCUACUGCCGACUGGCCCGUAGCGAGCAAGAAGAAGAGAAACUUUUCCCUGGGUGUGGCGGGGAAGUGCUGUAACCAGGGCUGCACUAAGAAUGAUAUCGGACGCUUGUGCUGAGGCAAGGGGGAAAAGGAUUUGUGACAUGAAGAUGUUGUGAUGGGCAGUAAUGAACAGUGUAUAAAGAAGUAGGAGGAGAGCAAGUUCACACCUGCUGUUCAACAGGCUCGAGUCAGCCGAAUAUUUUAAUAUAUAUUUUCUUUAUUCUCCUCACUUGAUAUUUUCUUUAAAAAAAAAAAAACAUGUCCUGUAUGUUGCCCUUGAAGCACCGUUGAGAAUAAAUUUUAAAUACUGUUAAUAUGAAAUGUCGAGCAGUGUCAUAUGUUGUGUACAACGCUUGUGUAUAUGUGUGGACAGGAUUUGGGAGCAAUAAACAGCGUCCAUAUUGUCGCCUGCAGUCUGUCUGGUGAAACUACGUUCAUACUCGCACGCGCCAAUAUCACACAUUAGUGUCAUUUAGGCUGCUGUGAACUUAUUGCCGGCCUCUGUUCACAGCAUUACGCCUGUUGGAUCAUUUUCCGUCAAACACCCCGGGGACACUACAGCAAAAGAGUAGGUUUCCUUUUUUCUUUUAACCCUUUGUGACGUAGAUAAAACAAAUGAAUUAAAUACAGACAACCCCCUGCGU